AUGGCGCAGCUGCUCGCCGGCGUUGAGUCCAUGCACGCCCACGGCAUCGUGCACUGCGACCUGAAGCCCGGGAACGUGCUCGUCGGGGAGCACGGCCGCCGGCUCAAGAUCUGCGACCUCGGCCGCGCCAGGUCCGCCGCCGCGCCGCCGCCGGACGAGCAGCAGGUGGAUGGCACGGUCGGGUACAUCGCGCCCGAGGUGCUUCUGCGCGAGGACUGCGGCGCGCCUGUGGAUAUGUGGGCUCUCGGGUGCAUCAUGGCGGAGCUCAUCAUGGGGCAGUCGCUGUUCCCGGAAGAGGACCUGUGCCAGCAGCUGAUCGCCAUCAUCGACCUGCUAGGGAUCCCUGACGACGUGUCGUUGAUGCCGCUGGGCAUUGACGCCGGGGCGCCGAGCAAGCUGCGGGAGAAGGUGCCUGAGGAGCGGCUGUCGGCGGCGGGCUUCGACGUCCUGCGCGGUCUGCUGCAGUAUGACCCCAAGGACAGGCUCACCGCUGCAGAUGCCAUGGUUUGCAGUUGCACCCAUGGAUGA